AUGAAAAUAACGUCUGCAGGUGGUGUUAUAUCCUUAUUAGAUGAAAAGGAAAGUGAUUUAAAGGUCUUUGCUCUCCAGAGAUUGAAUCAAAUUGUUGAUGAUUUUUGGGCAGAGAUUUCAGAUGUAGUUGAUAAAAUAGAGGUACUCUAUGAAGAUGACAGCUUCCAGGAAAGAAAGCUGGCGGCCCUAGUGGCUUCUAAGGUAUACUAUCAUCUGGGAGCAUUUGAAGAUUCUCUGACAUACGCUCUUGGUGCUGGAGAACUGUUUGAUGUCAACUCAUCAUCAGAAUAUGUAGAGACAACAAUAUCAAAAUGUAUUGAUUUUUACACAAAGCAUUCUGUUCAUAACUAUGAGAACCCGGACGAUAAGAAGGAUAUCGACCCUCGUUUGGAAGACGUCGUACAAAGGAUGUUUGAGAGAUGCUUCAGCGAUCGAGAAUAUAAACAAGCCAUUGGCAUUGCCCUUGAGACCAGAAGGAUCGAUGUCUUUGAAAAAGCGAUUUUGCAAUCUGACUCUCAAGCUGAGAUGAUGCAGUACAGUCUGAAAGUGUGCCUGUCUCUUAUACAACACAGACAGUUUAGGAAUACCGUCUUGCGUGUGCUAGUCCAGCUGUACACUAGUCUCCAAGUUCCAGACUACAUUAAUGUUUGUCAGUGUCUGAUAUUCCUUGACGACCCCCAAUCAGUGGCUGAUAUUCUUGGAAAGCUAGUCAAAGAGGGACACACUGAAGAAGAAAAAUCACAUCAAGCCAAACUGGAGAAAUUAGCAGCCAUUUUAUCUGGAGAAACAAGCAUUGGUUUAAAGUUACAAUUCCUAAUAAGGAGAAGCAGUAAGAAAUUCAGUUUGUCAUAA